UUAGGUUAAAUCCAAGACUCAAAGUUUCAGAAUUUGCAGAAAACAUCUCCUCCUCCUCUCUCCUCUCUCCUCUCUGUACCCAACGAUCAAGCUCAAGAACUUCGCCCAGAACUCGUCAGGUUAGAUGGAGACUUCAGAGAAGAGAAAGGAACGACUAAGAGCAAUGCGCCUAGAAGCUGAAGCUUCUCAUAAUGAUACAAGUUCAGAUGUACCCGGUUACCUUUCCAAUCCUCUGGCUGAUGAUAAUGUGAAUGUGGUGCAGGAGGAGCCCUGUGCUCCUUCGAGGUUUGGUUUUUAUACAGACCCUAUGGCGGGCUUCUCUUCAGACACUAAGCGAUGUAAAGUUGGUGAUCAGAUUGCGUCAAAUAGUUUCAAACAUUCAGAUACUGGUGGUCUUCCUAUGCGAAGGUUUCCUCCACCACUUUCAGGAAGACCAAGGAACCCUGAAAUGCCUCCUCCACCUCAUCAGUUUCAGAGCAAUUACUCACCAGACCAGAGAAUGUACCAACAAAACUUUGUUCCUCAGAGAAAUCCCACAGGAAUGGUGAGACCUUUUGUCAUGCAUCAUACAAAUCCACCUGAAGUCUGGAAUGGAGCUCAAGGUCCGGCGAGUUAUAAUUUCCCUCCUGAUCCCUCAAGAGAAAGCAGUUUUCCUGGCCCUAGAUUUAGACCACCAGGUAGCCCCGGAUUUAGACCACCAGGUAGCCCCGGAUUUGGGCCACCAGGAAACCCCGGAUUUGGACCUCCGGGAAGCCCCGGAUUUGGGCCACCGGGAAACCCAGGAUUUGGGCCACCGGGAAGCUCGGGAUUUGGACCACCAGGAAGCCCAGGAUUUGGACCACCAGGAAGCCCUGGAUUUGGGCCACAAGGAAGCCCUGGAUUUGGACCACCUAGAAGCCCUGGGUUUGGUUCCAAUACUCGGCAAGGUAGGGGGCACUGGGUCAGUCAUAGUCCAAGCCCUCAUUCAGUACAUGGAGGUAGUCAUAGUCCUAGAUCAAGUUCAGGUAGAGGUAGGGGGCGCUCUGGGUCAGGAUGGCGAGGUGGACGUGGGCGGGGUUCUGAUGGUCGUCCAUUGGGUCCAGAACAGUUUUACAAUGCUUCCAUGGUUGAAGAAGAUCCAUGGAAAGGUUUGUCACCUGUUACAUGGAAAGCUCUGCCACCUGUUAUCCGGAAGGGGGUAGAUACUCCCUUCAAUGGUAACAAAAAUAAAGCAAGCGUUUCAGAAGGUUCAAACAGGUCCACUCCACAGCCAAACUUGGCAGAAUACUUGGCUGCCUCAUUGAAUGAAACUAUUAAUGAGGCAUCAACCUCGUAGCAAUUGGCCCUGAGUUCCAGGAAUGCUGUACAAUGCACCUAUCAGAAAAAUGCAAAGCUACAUUCAGAAGGGUUGAACAUAAAUUCAGUGUUGGGAAGUACUUGGCCAUCUCAUUCCCAUCAUCCAGUGUCAAUACUAUACCGCAAUUCACUCAAUUCUGGAAUCAGAUUUCUCACUGUGCAUUCACUUGUCAAUAGUCUGGAUAUUGGAUGGAUCAAAAGGCUUGUAACUUUUUCUUAGAAACUAACUGCUGGCUUUUGGAACUUGUUAUAACAUGGCGUGCUAGUAUUUUAGAUGGCAUGCUUUUUCAGUCAAGGCUGUAAUGGAGGAUCAAUUUGCAGUUGGAGUUCUCAAUUUUAUCUUUAUGUUCAACAUUGUACUGGAAAAACCCGGUUGCGCUUUUGCAACCCAGUGCCCCUUAAAGUUACUUAGAAA